GCGUGGAAGCACUGGUUAGGUGCAGGAUUAAUUUUAUAGAGAAAAAUCGGUUAGAUGAUCAAUUUCCAAACCUUCCUAGAUCUGAAUAUGAAGAGAGUAUGAUCAAUUUUCUAGUAAGAGAAAAGAAAUGGCAGAGAGCGCUGUAAGCUUUCUACUCGGACAGCUUACAUCCUUGAUAGAGGAAGACGUGAAGUUAUUGAAGAAUGUGCAUACAGAUGUGGUGGAUAUCAGAGAUGAACUGGAAAGCAUUCGAGCCCUUCUAAGAGAUGCUGAUGCAAAGGGAGAAACAAGCGAAGGCAUAAAGGCAUGGGUGAAACAAGUGAGGGAUGUGGCUUAUGACAUUGAAGACGUUCUCGAUGAGUUCAAGUUUCGCUUUGCACAACAAGGACAAGAUCAGUCGCAUAGAUUCACUAGAUAUCUUCACAAAACCACCCGCUCCGUCAAGAACUUAAGAUCGCGCCGUUCACUAGCCACUCAAAUAAAGGAGAUUAAAGCCAGAGUACAUGACAUAUCAAGUAGAAGGGAUCGAUAUGAAUUGAUCAGAAACCUAGAACAAGCUUCAGAAGGUUCAAAUUCUACAGGUGUUAAGUGGCAUGAUAUUCGAGAAGAUGCCCUUCUGUUGGAUGAAGCUGAGCUGGUAGGGAUUGGCAAGCCCAAGGAAGAAAUAAUUGGGUGGAUUGUGGAGGAUGAAUCAAAGCUUGGAGUGAUUUCUGUGGUUGGCAUGGGUGGUUUGGGCAAGACGACUCUGGUCAAGAAGGUGUAUGAUGACCAAAGGGUGAAGAGACACUUCCAAACCCAAGCAUGGGUUACAUUUUCAGAGUCACCUGGGAUCCACGAGUUGCUAAUAGAAAUGAUAAAGCAAUUAGUAUAUGCAGAGCAAAAGCAACCAAUUCCUCAAGAUGUUGCAGAAAUGAAAGACGCCCAACUGAAGCAGCUACUCCAAGAAUUUCUAAAGCAAAAGAGGUAUGUAGUCGUUCUUGAUGACAUAUGGAGCAUACCAGCAUGGGAUUCUGUUAAAAAUGUCUUCCCUAAUAACAAUUUUGGAAGCAGAAUAAUUAUUACAACACGCUCUAAUGAUGUAGCUUCAUCAUGCAUAAAAUCUUGUUUUCGAGUUUAUAAUCUUCAACCGUUGUCCCAAGAAGAGUCCUGGACUCUGUUUUGCAAAAAGACUUUUUCGUUCUCCCCAGAGCAGAUUUGUCCUCCAGAAUUGGAGGUGCCAUCUCAAAGCAUUGUGAAAAAAUGUGGAGGACUUCCACUUGCAAUUGUGACAGUAGGUGGUGUUCUAUCGACAAAGCCGAAGAUUACAACAGAAUGGGAGAUGUUCAAUCGUAGCCUAGGUGCUGAGUUAAAUUUGGAUGACAGACUUAAGGGUAUGAUGAAAAUACUGUCUUUGAGCUAUAAUGAUCUGCCAUACCAUCUGAAGUCUUGCUUCUUGUGCUUGAGUAUGUUUCCUGAAGAUGAAUUGAUUGAUAGGAUGAGACUGAUUCGCAUAUGGAUGGCAGAAGGGUUUAUCCAAAGAAUUCAAGGAAAGACCUUAGAAGAGGCUGGGGAGAGUUAUUUCAGUGAACUCGUUAAUAGGAGCCUCAUCCAGGUAGCAAAUAAAGCAGAUGAUGAUGGAAGAGUCAUAGACUGUCGAAUCCAUGACCUUAUUCGAGAAUUCAUCCUUUCAAAAGCAAGGGACCAGAGUUUUGGGGCCAUAAGUAAUGCUGAUGGGCAGGAUGUAAUGGUAGAUGGAAAAAUCAGGCAUUUAUCAAUCCAUGGUAGUUGUCAAUGGGGAGUAGAAAACGAGAAAUUCACCCACCUUCGUUCUUUGUUCAUGUUCAGGCAAGAUGCGACAUUCAACAUAUCUAGAUGCAGUACUGCAUUCUUUUCCAGGCUUAAGCUGCUCAAGGUUUUGGAUUUGAGACAUGCUCCCUUGGAUGUAUUUCUGGAGGAGUUCACAGAUCUCUUCCAUUUAAGGUACUUAUGCUUGAGAAACACCAAGGUCAAAAUGGUUCCAAAUUCUAUCAAGAAGCUUCAAAACCUUGAAACCUUGAAUCUCAAGUAUACGUAUGUGUCUGAGUUGCCUGUUGGGAUCCUCAACCUUCAUAAACUACGGCAUCUUAUUGUUUACCGUUACAACUAUGGACCUCUUUAUUAUACAUUUCAUCAACCAGGAUUUAAGGCACCAAGUGGAAUUGGGGAUAUGAUAUCCCUUCAAAAGCUCUGCUGCGUAGAAGCAAACACCGGGAGUGACCUAAUUACAGAGCUUGGGAAGUUGGUCCAGCUGAAGCGAUUGGAGAUUAGGAAAUUAAAAACAGAAGAUGGAAGACAUCUAUGCUCCUCCAUUGAGAAAAUGAGCUGCCUUCAUUCGUUAACGAUAGCUGCAUUACACGAGGAGGAGAUUCUGGACCUACAACAUCUAUUUUCGCCCCCACCUUUUCUUCGACGGUUAUUGUUGACGGGGCGUUUGGAGAAAUUACCAGACUGGAUUGGUUCGUUGCACAAUUUGACCACGAUAGACUUGAGGUGGUGCAAAUUCAAGGAUGAUCCACUUGGAGACCUUCAAGCUUUGCCCAACCUAACGACGAUGCUUCUUAUCGAUACUUACGAUGGAAAAAAAUUAUGUUUUCGGCGAGGAGGGUUUCAGAGGCUUAACUACCUAAACCUUAACAAUUUACAAGGAUUGAGAAGGGUGAGUGUAGAGGAAGGAGCAUUACCUAAUCUCGAAAAUCUACAUAUUCAACAUUGCAGAGUUCUAGAGAAGGUGCCAUUAGGCAUUGAACACCUCUCCAAGCUUCGAUACGUUUUAUUUGAUAAUUUGUCAGAAGAAUUUAUGAUGAAGAUAGGGACUCAAGGCGAAGAUUCUUGGAGAGUUGCACAUAUCCCAGUCGUUGAUUUUUGGUAUCAAGAAUAUGGACGGUGGGAGGGUGUUCGUACUUAAAUUGCAUGGGAAGGUUCUGCAUCUGCUGAUCAGGUUCAUUUGGAGCACAUGCUUCGGGGAAGGUCUUGUUUUGUCAGUGUUUGUUCAUCUAUUUCAACGUUUAUAUAUUAAUUGUUGGAGUGAAAUGAAGAGUGAAGACAUUGAAGACAUGUUUCAGCUUAGAAAUUUUAUCACUGCAUGCAUACUGUGACCUCGGGUUUAAUUACAGUUGAUAGUCAAAGUAUUGUUUCAGAAUUGUUUGGCCUGUGUUUGUUCAUUCAUCCAUUAAUUUCAGUAUUUAUUGUUGGAGUGAAGAUGUCGAAACUGAAGACACGCAUGUUUCAGCAGGGAAUCACUAUAUAUAUUGUGGUUUGGGGUUUAAUAUGGCAUCAGUGCCAAUGCUGGUCCUGGUAAUGGUCUGUCUUGUUGGGUUCAAUGUGUUGCUUGUCUCAAAGUUACAUUGUAUCUUAUGAACUUGUUUAUUAAAAUCAGUUGCAUUUAUUUGUAUGGUUUCUUGGAAAAUGAAUUGAACUACUGCGUUAAGAAGUA